GCAAAGGCAGUUUGCUCGCAGGUCGUUCGCAUUCGGCGUAGAAGGCCCUGCUGUCAGUUCGGUUUGUUUUCGUCGGCACAAACGCUCAUCGCGGUUGGUUACGGUGGCGAAGUAAGCAGGCUGUGGCGUGUUGUGUUUUACUUCACAUUUUGGGAUUAUAUGGCAGCAGCAGUGCACGGGCGAUAUUUAUACCGCACGUUUCGAUAAUUGCUUAACCAACAAUAACAACAAAGAUCAAAAGAGAGUAGAGUGGUUGUUGGUGUAGAGCGAGAAAAAAAAGAUGAAGUAGUGGUGUUUUGCCUACCGUUCGUAUUCGUGUCGUGUUUUCGGCAGUGUUUUCAACUCGAAACUCGUCGGUAAAGUGUUUUGAUUUUAGGCUGUUUUCCCCUUGAGAGCAGCACGAUGCAAUUAGCGGAGCUAAUGAAACCAGCAGGCGAUCGGAAAAGUAGGCAGUGGAUCGGUACAAAAAAUACCCCGUAAACGAAGCGAGCUUCACCGAUUCGCACGAUCCAUGUGUGCGACAUAGAUAGAAGAGAGUGUUAAUCGUAACCUACACGAAAUCUAAAUCGCAAUAAAGCGCCCAAAAUGUCAACCGUUUCCGCGUUACACAGUGAUUCGUCUACGGCCACUACUACCGUGCCAACAACACAACUGUCUACUUUUCCAAAUCGAAUCAGUAGAAGAAAAGUUAAAGAUUUUAACGAUAGUGUAAUCUGCUUACUAUGCAAAGGCUACCUAAUUGAGGCUACUACAAUAAACGAUUGUCUGCACGCAUUUUGCCGGUCCUGCAUUGUGCGAUAUUUGGAAAGCAAUAAAUUCUGCCCCAAAUGCAAAUCGUACAACAACAAAACCAUCACGGUGGCUAAUUUAAGGCCGGAUCGGAUACUGAAAUCGCUGGUGUACAAACUGGUUCCGGGGCUGUACAAGUCGGAAAACCAAAGAGUGGCUAAAUUCUAUGCCGACCAAUGCCAAGAUGACUUGUCUACUGCUAGCCGUGGUAAAGCCCUGGAGCCCAACUUUAUGGACGAUCAGAACUUUUUCUCACCGGAUGAACUGAUUAGCCUAUCGCUGCAGUACCAUCAUGACUCGAUAGCCGAUUACGAUCCGAAGUCAACUACGCUUCCCGUCACCUAUUUGCACUGUCCGGCAGCGGUCACCAUUCACCAUCUGUACAAAUUCAUCCUGACCAAAAACGGACUGCAACUGGGCAACGAGAGGAUCCAGAUGGAUAUCAUCUAUGAAGAUGAAAUUCUGCCGCACGAAUUCACAUUAAUGGACGUUGCGUACUGCUACGAUUACAAGCGGGUCUCAUGGAUGCGACUGUUUUAUCGAAUAUUCAUACGCCCGACCGCGAAACCGAUGGCAGCCACUACAGCAUACAGUGUGGGAAGCGAUAAAAAUAGCAAUGAGAAUAAUAGCCGUGGCGGUGCAAGUGGUGGCGCAGGUGGUGGCAGCAGUGGUGAACAAAAUGCUAAUAAUAGCGGCCGCAAUAACAGCAGCAGCAGUAGCAGCAGCAGUGAUGCAAAGCUGAACGAAAGUCAAGGAAAUGCAGAACCUUCGUCAUCGCCGGGAAAGGCUGCCAGCAACAGUGACUGUGACGGAAUAACUGCCAGCAUCAAUGGUGAUGACUUCGCCAAACCUGAGCCAAUCGUCAGUGCCGGUACGUCGGUUGCCACUGUAAACAAUAAAGCAAGUGAAAUAUUAACUCGAACCAGUGAAACAGUAAAUAUACCACCUUUGGAAGCCAGUUGCUACAAAUCGGUUGAAAGCAAAUACGAUAACAAGUUGAUAAUAACCAAAACAAACAAAUCUGAUAAGAGCGGCGGUAGUGAGAAAAAAGAAAAGGAAACAUUAAAGUUAGUGUUAGUGUCGAAGAAAAGUGAUAGGAAUGACGCGAAGAUUGUUUAUUCCAAAAGUGAAUCGAAAUCAAGCAAAUCGCCAAAACAGAGCAACCCUAGCACAUCGAGCAGUUUCGGUGAUUUCAAGCGACUUCGCAGCAAUGACAUUCGAUAUAGUGACUACGGGACAGCGUCUUUCUCGAUGAGCUCGGUAUCCAAAGCAGAGCCGAAGGGUGGCAGUAGCAGUAGAGGCGGAGCCGUUCCGGGUGAUGAUUCGAGAAAAUCAGAAUCACAGAGCACUAAAAAACAUAACAAACUAAAUAAUGACUCUAACCAUGUAAGUGAUUCUAGCGGAAAAAAGUUCUCCGAAGACAAUAGUCGAAACAAAGCGAGCUCGAUCGGGAAUGAGGCCAACAUCGUCGUACCGGCGCAACCAAUGGAUGAGGUAAAAUCCAAGCAUGAAAAAUCUAAACCUUCCCCACAACGGGCUGAGAGCAACGGUACUGUUGCGCCGAUAACGGCAUCCAACAGCAGUGCUAAUGGGCGAAGUGAAAAGUCAUCCGAACUGAAGUGCUAUGUAAAUUUAAAGAAACAAAUGGUGGUGUCACCGCUCGCAUCCAGUGUCGAAACCAAUCGCAAACCAGAAGUUCCUAAAUUAAAAAUAGAGCUACCUAGUCUGAAAACCAAAAUCUCCAUUCCAAAAUCGGACAGUGAGCGCUCGCCAAAAUCUGCUCACUCGUCAUCGACAUCCUCUUCGGCUGCUACAUCGCCUACCACUUCGUCAUCUACCUCCGGCAAAUCGCCCAUGUGGUCGCGACCUGAAGAGAGUGUCAAACCGGCAAAUAACCCUCAAAUCGAUAUAGAGGAGUACGCGAAAACAAUUGGCCUAAAGCCGGUCUACAAAACUAGCGAAGGGGAAGGCAAAAAGAAGAAGAAAAACUCGUCUACUUCCUCGCCGGAUCCACCGUCGUUUCAUCGUAAGCGCAAAAAGGCUAAACACUCCAAAGAAGCCGGCAGCAAGCGGAGGAAAUUACACGCCGAAAUCUCUUCCCAGCACGAUGAGAGCUUGAAAAUGAAGGUUAAAAUAACCGAAAAACCAUCAAAACACGAACGCAAACCGAGCGAGGAAAUCAUGCCGCAAUCGCCGAAAGAGCCAGCGAAACAAAAUACGGAAGUUAAACCGCCAUCGUCGCUACCAUCGAUGUCAGCACCAUCAUCAUCAGCGUCAUCAUCGUCAUCAUCGUUAUCAUUGGCAGUCGCACCGGUUCCACUGCCGAAAGAAGACAGUUCAAAGGUGAUUGACAUUACCAAGGGUGAUGAUGAUGAUGAUGUAAAAAUUAUUGAGCAACCCACGCUUUGUGUGCAGCCAAAAGUGACGGACAGCGGAAUAGCUAAAUUGGUGGCAGCCGCUGAAAAGCCGUUGCCGGUAACGACUAGGGUAAACGAGUUACCAAAGCUUCCGUCCCUGGGCGGCUCAUCGGACAGCUCGACGAAGGCGAAGAUUAACGAGAUGAGAGCAAUUCGCCACAAACCGAUGGUUUACAUUCCAAAUCUGGACAAGAAUCUUUCGGAUAGUUCAUCCACAAUCAAUAGUAUCAUCGAGAGUGUACAGGCCAAAACUGGCUUUAUUGACAAUGAUAAUGAUGUACAAAUUGUUUCUACCAGUAAACUGGAUACAGGUAAUAGUCUGCCUUCUAAACUAAGUUUGCCUUCGUUGGUUCCCAGCAAGUCUGCUACGACUGGACUCAGCAUGAAACCUCCCACGAUGAUUCCCUCGACUGUAAAUAGCAGAACGGUUUCGACUAACAGUUUUCCCAGACCUCCACAGCGUACCGGAGCUCAAGGACCAAUGUUUAGUCCUCGGCACACUCCUAGCUAUCCUACACUGACAUUACAAGGUGUGCAGAAAAAGGUUACUGUACAACCAGGCAACAGCACAAGUGCAUACCAGCCGAGAAAUACAAAUCCUGCACUGAAACGAUCAACCAGUGUGGACAGUAGCCUAACUCAUAACAUUCCUCCGAAAACACCGCGUGUGGACUUGUUUGAAUCGAAUGCUCAGAAUCGGCUCCUAAAAAAGCCCAUAUAUGCACCGAUGUUUAACUUUGUAAAGGGUGCCAGUCUCGCAAAAAACGGUAACGCAAUGAUGCCAACCUCAGCAAACGAUGUACCUUACAAAUCGCCCAUUAGUUCUACCUACACGAAGGAAGUAAACACAAAAACACCUGUACCGAGUCUAUUGCUACCUCCUUCUUCAAUUAGUGUGACCAAAAUGACCGAUUCCGCUCCUAAACCCUCACCCGUUGACAACCGUCCAGCGCUAGAAAUUGUUAGAAUACCAUCUACUGCACCGGUAGCUGAUAAACCUCAACCCGCUGUUGGAUCGACGGUGGGCCUGAAAUCUACCCUCACUCCAAAAACGAACCGACCUCCGCCACCCACCAUACCGUUGAUUAAAAUUAAAAAAUCGCUAUCCGUGCCGGAGCAAUCGUCCACUCCAAUUUCGCCGUCGAUUUUUCAAGUCACCAGCUCCGGGACGAAAAGUGCCACCAAACUUACCACCAGUCCAGCAUCGCAUCAGGACACUAGCGGUGCUCUUGAUCUAACAACACGUGCAAAUGACGAUUUAAUCAUUCUCGAAAGCAGUGACAGUCUUACUUCGAAACUAAAUGGAAAUGAUCCGAAAGCGGCAAAAGAUUCCACUGGACGUCCACUGCAACCAGCCAAACAGCCCGAUUCGGAUGGGAAGAUUGAUAUUGAUAGCAGCCGAUUAGAGCUAAUCAAUUCAUUAAUUCAAACGUCAGCUGCUUCGAUGAUUAAAGCCGGUUCCAGCGUGAUGGCUAAGUUUCAGUCCGCUGGAAUACCGGGUCUGAAACUUCCGGCCGACAUGAUAGGCUUUGCCAUCACCAGUACGAACAGCGGCAGCAACGUGUCGAGGCUAGGACUGACCUAUAGCUCCGCCAGCCCAACGGCAACAUCGACGGUAAAAUCGAUACCGAUGCCAAAACUGGCUGAAAUCAAUCGCAAUCGCAACAUUGCAGUGCGCCAGCCGAAUCCAUCAGUACGUAGCAUACCGAACCCAUCGGCGCUGGCAUUUCGAAACCAAACGGACGCGAUAAGCAGCUCCUCCGGGCCCACAGCUUCGCCAGCAGCAUCAUCCUUUUCGUUGGCAUCCAACAGCAGCAGCACGAUAACAUCUCUCUCACCCGCGUCACCAACAAAACUCAUGAACGUAAACAUGCGAAUAAACAGCGCAAACACGGCAGGACAGAAACCAAGUGUGAAUAAUAACGGCAUCGAUACAUUUGCCUCCGGUAGAACCUACACCAACAUAGCUGGCAACGUAUCCAAUACGAGCGUCAGUUACAAUGGGAACAGCAGCAAUAAUAGCAACAGCAGCAGCAGCUCCAUCAACAAUAUUAGCAGCAGAAACGAUAGCGUUAGCUCAACCAGUGGGAACAACAAUAACAACAACAACAACAACAACAGCGGUACAAACGGUGGCAAAAAGACCAUCGAGAAAGUGGCGGCUGGACUGAAAGCGACGGCUGCGGUGGCAGCGGCUGCAGCAAAUGCUACCAACGGUAACCGCAGCAGCAGUGGCAGUACUGUCACAGCCACCACGACCAGUACCGCCACUACUCUGGUGGUCAGUGGCGGCAAAAAUGGUGUAAACGUUGUCUAACACGUGAAAAACAUCGUUUCCACCAACUCGUGACAUCUUAUCUGAUCGGAAAAGAAAACAACGCGAAAUUCGACAGCACGAUAAUACCAACAUGAUGAUGAAAAGAAACCAACUAACCAAUGCUUUGAAUGUGGCGAGAAACACGCACUGAUUGACGGCGGCAAAGUCACGCUAGUGGCCAUGUUGCACGUGUCAAAAUAAAUACGUGAAGUUUUUUGGUGACAUUUUUCCCGUUACAAGCAAGAGGCUACAGAAUUCAGUAGACUAAUCGAAUGUCACGCGUAACAUCGUCAUGGCUGUCAAAAAAUUUGACAUCUAAGCAGGCGCAACAGUUUCUUUUUGUUUGUUUUCUUCAAACUUUGUGUUUGGCUGAUUUGUUGAACAUACAGAACAGAAUACAGAACGGUAAACACAUUGGCCUGUAGACUCAAACGAAAAAAUUGAAAUCUCGUAAAGCAAACAGCACAACUAACACUUAACUUUAAUAAAAGUCACAUCAAGCUGUGAAAUCGUCAGUCCGACGUGACUGUAUCAACCAACAUGACUUCAUGUUUCCGUACUGAAAGAUAUUUAAAGCAAAAUGUUUAUUACCUUUACUUGCUCUGAUAAGUUGUUUUAGUGUAACGGCUAUGCUUGACUAAGAAUAUUUAUUUUUGCGAUAGUUUAGUUGAAAGAGAAAUUGUAAAUUUCCUUAAAUGCAAUUGAUACAUAAAUUCGAUUGGAUAUUAUAAAGCAGCGCAGUGCGAUCACUGCAAACAUGUGCAUAUUAAACUAUUUAUAGUGAUAAUUAGACAAAUGUCCCACACCGGUAAAAUCAGUCUUGUGAAUGUAAUCUAGAUACAAUUACGCAUAUUAAAUGUGUGCACGACCGUACUACUCUCUAAACAGAUAACUAAUCACAUGUCUCCGUAUCAGCAAUAAACCUGGUUAUAUCACCUCUAUUUCUUCCCUGUAUUCCUAUAUUUGAUAUUGUGCAAUAGUAGCAGACAAACACAAACACACAACAACGUACACUGUUAGAAGUCUAACUUAGCCACUUGGUUAAAUGAGAAAAUAACAGCCCCUGGAGAAAUGAUCAGACAGACAGUAGAGGAGGCAGGGCAGAGAAGGCACGAAUGAGUGAACGCGACGAACGUGAGCGCUGCUAAGUGCCAGAACGAGAGAAAUCAUCCCACCAUCUGAAUAAGCAUAACUUCUUUCUGAAAAUAAUGAUAUUUCAUUCUCGAUACCUACCUACUACUCCUUUCGAUUUGUGGACUAGCCCCCUCCCAAGCCGGCACAAUCCGCACCUGAAUCUUACCUCCCCCUAGCCUAAGUGACUGUCUGUGGUAAGACGGAGAAUGGGAAAUUAUUAUGAUGAUGAUUGAAGCAAGUAUAAUGAAGAUAAAUUGGAAAUUGAAGUGAGAAUCCCUCUCAAUAAGAACCAGAAAAUCUAGCAAAUUGUUCUCUCACAAAUCCAACCAGACCAGGCCGGAGACCCAGUCUGGCAAACAGUGCAAUUGAUUCACUCAUUCUGCUUUCAAUUUGGACGGUAAAUUAAAUUUCAAUUACGAUGUUUUUUCGCUAUUAGCUUAGGACUUUCAUUUCUUUAAAAUCACGUACUCUGAUAUUAUUCGUAGACUCGAUUGUGUGAGUGUUUUGUAUUUCACACACCAGCAGGUGAUGAUUAUUUCUGAUUGUUUCCCACAGCAUUCAUACAAUCAAUGGUAAUAAUAAUAAUAAGUAUUAAUAAAUUGAAUAACACAAAAAUCGAGCCUUUUGAUUUAGCCUGUUUCGGAACUUCUGGAAAUGAUAAGAACAAUAAGUUAUAUAUUUGCAAUGAUUGUUUUAGCGAAUGAUAUGUAUGUAUCUAGUGCAAUAAUAUCUGAAAAACCAGCAACU